UUUUGGCAGGGUUUUUGUUAGCUUACAGAUAGAGAAAUCAUAGCCAUAGAUUUCUAAUCCCUUUUCUUAUCUUUUUCCUUCUUAGAUCUAGCAGUAUCUAAAACCCUGAUUUUGUUUUGGUUUCUCUUUGAGAAGGUAAAAAGAGAGAGAAGAGGGUAUUUUUUGUGAGCGUCUUUCUUUUUCUCUCUUCGGUGUGGUUUCCGUUGCGGUUGCGAAGAGCGCUAAAGGAAGGCUGAUUAGUGGAUUUAUGUCGGCUGAGUUUGAUUUGGCUUUGAUUGGGGCUCAGUUGCAGCUCUGUUUCUCUUCUUCAACAAAUAUUGUCUCUGCUCGUGUCUUCUUUACUGCUUUGUUGACUGUUUCUUGCAUGAUUCUCUGCUUCUUUAGGCAGAGACUGAAUCCCGUGUUCCCGGCUGUUUCGAUGCGUUUGAGACCAAAAAAGACUUGUUCCGGUGUUGAGUGUUUUGGUGGUUUCCAAAUAAAACAACGAUUUUUCUAUUUUUUCUUGUAUCUUAGAGGGGCCGAUACUUGAUAUUGCUUUGAUUUUCUGAGAGAAAUUUUAUUCACACUUAUUUAUUGUACCUUGAUUUUGUUUUCAUAGUCACCACAGCUUUCCAGGUGUUUUUUUUGGGGGGAGGGUUAAAAGAGUUUUUUCCCCGAAAAAUGUUAGACCACCGAAAACAAACCAUGAAACGAAGAAAAAUCUGCAAAAAGAGCAAGAAAACCGAAUCAAUAAUGACUGAAGAAGCCCAAAUGACUAGAAAAGUUCGGGUCAUCUUUCAUGAUCCUUACGCCACUGAUUCGUCUUCGAGCGAAGAUGAAACCGUCCCUACAAGGGCCCCUAGGGGAAGAAGAUUUGUUCGUGAGAUUAGGGUUCCCGUUUUAGUGUUGUCUACUGUGGUUAAACCCCUUGAAUCUGAGACGUCUUCUCAAGACAGUAACACUAAAUCUCCGAUUAGCAGGAAAAGGGUUUUGAGUAAAACCCUCGGAGAUAACAAAUCUCCUUUGUUGAAGGCUAAAAAACCUGUUGGUGUUCGUCAAAGAAAGUGGGGCAAAUGGGCUGCUGAAAUCCGGCAUCCUUUGAAGAAAACCAGGAUUUGGUUGGGUACUUACGACACUCUUGAAGAAGCUGCCAAAGCUUACAAUGCUAAAAAGCUCGAAUUCGUGGCUCUGGCUGUGGCUGCUGCUGCUGCUGCUUUAUCUGAGAAAACCAAUGACCUUUCAUGCUCUGCAGCUGCUUCAAUGGAGUCUGAGAGCCUUUUAUCGCACACUUCCCCAUCGGUGCAGGAAGCAGAUACAUCUGCGUCAGUUUUGGUCUCGAAAAACAACAAUGAUGAUUGCAUUGAUGCCAACACAGAAGUGUUCAAUGCCAACUUUGACGAUAUACCUAUACCCGACCUUGGUUUCAUCAAUGAUCCUUUACUGCCUGGUUCCGUUGGCCAAGAACUCAACAUAGAUGAUGAUGGCGGUGACUAUCUGUUCGUCAAUGAUUUUGGUAUGAUGUUGGAGGAUUAUUGCAGUAUUGAAGACCUGAGUAUUUGUGUUGUUGGUACUGACGAACCUAGUGAGUUACCUGAUUGCGAUUUCGGCACCGAUUUCCUUUUUGAUGAAGUUUCCGCCCCCCUCAACAUAGCUUGCCCAUAAGUUUUGUACUUGGUAAAAGUUUAGUAUUUUAAGCGUGCUUGUUUAUUACUAGUUUCAAGCAGUUAAUUCAGGGACUCACCAAAAUGAGUUCUUAGUUUUGAGAGUGAGUGAGUUUGAAAUACGUGUUUGUUGAGCUGAAAGUGAAAUUUAUGAGCCCGAGUCAUAUCGUUCCCUUAGGUUUUCUUGUGCUGUAGAGCCGUCCUAAGGUAAAGUGCUUGAUCUUUCAGGCACCAUUGAUACUGUUUUUUUGCUCAUUAUUACAUGUUUUAAGAUUUGUUAUAAUUUA